AGUCCAAUACGUAGUGUGGUGAGAGGUAUUUCCUGGUGCCAUGUCGGACACCGAGGAGCAAGAUGAGGCCCGGGAGGGUCUGGGGAGUCCCGUGGGAGCAGGCAGUGAGGAGUCUGGAGAGGGCCUGGUCCAGAUAGCGGAAGAUCUUGAGGAGGCCCUGGCUGAGGCGGCAGCUCAGAGCGACCCAGAGCCGAGCAACUUGGAGGAGGAAGAUGAGGAGGAGGAUGGAGAAGACAAUGAGGAAUUGGAAGACCAGGCCUUAAGGUUCGGCCCACAAUAUUUCCGUAUGGCUAACUUACGCUUCGCAUUCCUGGGCCUGUUCCGCUCGCUGCUGUACCGCCUUACCCACAACAACUACGUCGUCCUCCGUGGCUCAGACCCCUUCUCCGGGCACCAGCACCAGGUCCCACGCAGAGGGCCCCCCUCGCUUCACGACCUGUCUCUUCUUCUCAAUGAGCCCCUCGACCUGCCCUCGGCCAUCGAGAGCCUCGUGGUGUCCAGGCCCAGCCUAAGUCUCAGCUUCAACGUGCCUCCGGCCACCCUGCCGCCAAUGGCGCCUGAGCUGCCUGACCUGCCCCAGACCGUGCCUACCGUCCAGGCCAUCGAGGCCACCCCGCCCACCCUGCUGGGCCUCGAGGCUGCAACACGUGGGUUGCACAUCCAGGCUGCAACAAACCUGGGCCAGGCCCUGGAGCCCAGCAAACCCGCGGAGCAGGCCGCAACCUCUCAGGAAAUGACUCAAUUUCUUCAUGAAAACUCUGAUGGAGAGACCCAGGAAUCAGGAGGAGAAGAAGACAAAGAAGACAAUGAGAAAGAGGACAAGGGAAAUAAAGAAGAAGAACCUGAGGGAGAUCUGGACCCAGGAGAGGGAACCUCCGCUAGUGUCAGGUAUCUGUGGUACCUUUGA